AUGACAGAUAUAUUUGAGGAUGUUUUAAGUCCACGUCAAACUGGAGAAUUUGUGGCUGAUUCUAGAAAUCCAAAUGUAAAAUGUAAUGAUGCUGGUGUAAUGAAAGCUGCAAAGAUGAUUGUUGAAGCUAUGAAAAAUGGGGAAAUAAAGGAGGUUGAUUUUGAUGCUCAUGAACUUCAUCCUAAAACUGGAUGUCAAGAUUCAGUAGAUUGGAUUUUUUUUAUGGAUCUUAUAAAUUUUUCAUUUUGGUCUGAUGAAAAUGUUAAAUUUCAUGUUACCUAUAAAGGAACAGAAUAUAGUGGAUAUUUUGCAGGAUGUGCUGCUGUAAAUAGAGCCCUUGAUAAUCAAAUACCAAUUACAUCUGCAUCCUUUAUGGCAAGUGUUGAUGAGAAAACUUUAAAAGAGAUUUUUAAAUCAGAUGAUGGAGGAACAAUUCCACUUAUAUCUGAACGUGUUAAAGUUAUUAAUGAUGCAGGAAAUGUAUUAUUAAAAAAUUUUAGUGGUACAUUUUAUACAGCAAUUGAAAAAUGUAACAAAAGUGCUAAAAUUCUUUUAAAUAUAAUAGUUAAAAAUUUUAAAUCAUUUCAUGAUUUUGCUGUUUAUGAUGGAAAAAGAGUUUCACUUCUGAAACGUGCUCAAAUUUUAGUUGCUGAUGUUUAUGGUUGUUUAAAAAAUAAAAAUGAAAUUGGAAAUUUUUAUGACAUUGAGGUAUUAACUAUGUUUGCUGAUUAUCGUGUUCCACAAGUAUGUGCAUAUUUGGGUGCAUUAGAAUACUCUGAAAAUUUAAUGAAAAAAUUAAAAUCUAAAGAGUUGUUUAAGAAUGGAGAACCACUUGAGGUGGAACUUCGUGCAAUGAGUAUAUAUUGUUGUGAUAAAAUUACCGAAAAAGUACAAAAACUUUUAGAUGAAGAAAAUAAUUUAGAAAUGUUUAAGAGUGUACGUAAAGCUACAGCUAUGGAUGUAGAUAUUUUUCUUUGGGUUUAUAGACGUUCACAUAGUAAAGAAAUUGAAGAAUUAAUUCCAUUUCAUAGAGUAAGAUCGAUUUAUUAUUAA